CUCUCUCUAAGCGUCAUCUAGACAAUCUAGCUUGCUUGUACGAAUAUCAUUCGUUAUACGACCGUUCGUGUCGUAAGUAGUACGAUCAAUAAAUUAAAGAUCUAACCUCAAAAUAAACUUGUCAAUGAGAAUAUAGUGUACAUAAAAUCAUGUGCACUUGGAUUGAUGUUCGGACUAGUGCUAGUAAACAUAUUUCAAGUGUAUAGUGUCAUUUCAAUUUUUCAUUGGAUUAAGUGCCUCUAAUUGUAGUUAUGAAAAUGUGGUACAUCCUCUACAAUUCUCGUAGUUACUGUCUACACAAAUUAAUAUAGUAUUGAAGUAUUGGGCAUGGCAUUAGCGUGCAAUGUUAGGCUGUAGCGUGGUAUGUCCAAACUGCAAGCACGAAUUCCAGUGCUGUCCUCCGAAUCAACAAUGUUGCAGUACGAGGAGAUCUUUGCACGUGCUAAGUGGAGGUGGUUUGGUGACUACUUUGGCGCCAAACCCAAGUCCAUGUCCUUCCCCACAAGUAUCUCCAAGCGUGCCUCUAUCAUUCAUUCUACCUCCGUUCGCUACCCCCCUGCAGUUUGCCCCAGCGCCAUUAGAAAACAAUUCCGAAACGGAACUUCAAAGACUGUCGGACACCGUACGGGCUCUGCGCCUAUCCGGUUGGUAUUAUGAAGGUAUAACUUAUCAACAAAGCCAUGAACUAUUGAAAGGAACGAGUGUAGGAAAGUUUUUAGUGCGAAAUUCUUCGGACCCUAAAUUUCUCUUUUCUCUUAGUGUUCAAACUGAACGUGGACCUACUUCCGUGCGUUUAUUCUAUACCAACGGGUAUUUUAGAUUAGAUGCCCAAGUUCAUCUCCAAUCAGCGAUGCCGAUGUUUCCUAGUGUUAUUGACUUGAUUCAGCAUUAUGUACAACAAAGUAAGUUGUGUCGUAAUAAUGCGCAGGUUUGGGUCGAUCAACAAGGUAAAUGGUACUCUUCCAUAUUAUUAGAGAAACCUGUCAGGAAAAAAUCGAAGCCACCUAGCCUUAAACAUUUGGCUAGAUUGGCCACGCAUAAAGCAUUGCAAGACGCUGCAAAACCUCGUUUAGCGAUGCUACCUCGUCCACAUACUCAGUUGGAAUUACCCAAUUCCUUGAUAGGUUACUUGUCCGAGUAUCCUUUUUAUAUAUAACUUUGAUUGGGCCAAAGACUGGACUGGUCGGUACCUUUACAUACCGACAUCAGGGAACACCAAUAAAAGUAUUCUAAAAUAGCACUGAUUUCGGUGUUUAAUUAGGUAGGUUAACAAAUUGGUAAAAAUAAAACAAUUAAUUCUGUUUGUUGAAUGGAACUUAAAUUUGUACACUGGAAAUAAGUCAAUGUUGAAAUUAUUAAAACAGAAAUUUCAAUAUUACUAAUGAAAGGCUUCCAUUAUUAAAGAUGAUACAUAAUUGAUUAAACCAAAUUCAUUUCAGAUUAACUCUGUACUGGAUAUAUCUAAGAUAUAUCGAUUUUUAAGUAGCAAUUAUUAUGUAACAUUGAUACAUUUCCACAGUCGAAACUGCUGGUUAGUUUGACUGUUUUAACUGUACAGAAAUUUAAACAAGGUGCCGCAAUCAGAAACAAACAAAUUUUUCGAAUAUUAUCGUAGGGUAAAAUUAUUUAUUAUAGCAAGUAAUCCUAUUUAUUAUUACUCUAACGAUCUUUAAACUUUUAAAAAUAAGUUAUUGCUAGUUACAUAAUUCUUUUCUAAAACGUGGUGCGUCCAAUAAGGGCCUCGAACCACAUGUGACCCGUGGGACACGAUUUGAUAACCACAACUAUAUAUAAUUUAUAUCAUCCAUUCAAUGCAUCUAUAAAAUAUUCUACAGUGGUGCAUUUCUAUAGUCAAACCUUUAAUUUAUUUGAUUGAAUAUGUUGUCAUAAGCAUUGAAAACGAUUACAAUCAUAGAUAUUUUCAAUACAUAGGUAUUCUUUAUUUUAUUUAUUAACAUUUAUAUCCACUCGGAAUGGAAACUGUCAAUGAACCUACACAAUCAAAAGUCUCGGGCCUCCUGAAACUUUUAAGUCUGUUUAUAUUUGGUAAUUUGGAUUCCCUAAGCACACAUGGUAAUUUGGUUUCCCUAAACACACAAACUAUAUUGAAGUAAAAAUUAUUUUGUUUGUCAAGAUCUUUGCUAAGUGUUCCUUGAUAGCGAAAAUAAAUAAAUUAAGUUAAUAAAAACACCAGACCACUCAUCAAGUGUUGCGUCACAGUUAAUAUCUCUAAAAAACUAUCUGCAGGUAUAAGUUGUUCGCUCUGAUGACAAUUCCGACUUAUACCAUCAAAACUAAGUCCACAAAUUAUUUUAUAGUACGUAGACUUUUAUGUCUUUUCAUAGCUUUUACAACAGUUAUUGCUCAAGUUCUUUAUUCAAAUAUACUGAUAGCUUUUCAAAGAAAUAGUCAGUAAGAGGAUUCAAGUAGAAAGACGACUGAAUUCUUGCUAUCUGAAGUUACCAAGUCAGAUACGUGCUUGAAUGAACAUUAAUUUUUCAAGCCGAUCGUACAAGACUACGUCUAUACCAACUAAUCAAACGUGAAUCCUAUUGAAUAUAGCAAACUUCCAAUAAAAUAUUUUUGUCACCAUUCAAAACUCACAUUUAACUUUAAAUGUAUCAUUUAAAACGCUUGCCUAAAGAUAGGCAUAUACUUUUGCCCUUUUAUAAUUUUUCAACAUAUCUAACCUAUUAAAAAUGUAUCAAAAGGUAGAUUUAAUUGGUCAGUUUUUUCCUCGUAGAAAAAAAAUCAAAGGGACAGUAAGGCUGGAUUAAACUGUACCAAUAUAGGUAAUUUUUGGGCUAUCAUGAAAUUCUAUAUUUACCAAAAACUUUUAGUU